AUGCAACUCCCCUCUUGGGCCCCUUUGUCUCCAAGCCGCUCGGCACUGGGCUCAAGCCGGCGACACAAAGGGAAGGCGGUGAGGACCGCGCAGGCGCGCGAGCCGCUGAGGUUGCUGGGAGCGGUGGUCCGGCCGCCUAAUGAAAUCCUAAAGGAGCUGGAUGAGUACUAUGAGAAAUUUAAACGUGAGACAGACGGUGUCCAGAAGAGGAGAGUGUUACAUUGCAUUCAGAGAGCCCUGAUUCGGAGCCAGGAGCUCGGGGACGAGAAGAUCCAGAUCGUGAGUCAGAUGGUGGAGCUGGUGGAGAACCGGACCAGGCAGGUGGACAGUCACGUGGAGCUCUUUGAGGCCCACCAGGAGGUCAAUGACACCACUGGCCACAGUGGCAAAGCCGGCCAGGAUAAGUCCAAGAGCGAGACCGUCACGCAGGCGGAAAAGACCAACAGCAAGAGGUCCCGGCGGCAGCGCAACAACGAGAACCGGGAGAACGCGGCCAAUCAUCACGACCACGAUGAUGUCACCUCGGGAACGCCCAAGGAGAAGAAGGCGAAAGCCUCCAAGAAGAAGAAGCGCUCCAAGGCCAAAGCCGAGAGGGAGGCGUCCCCUGCAGACCUUCCCAUCGACCCGAACGAGCCCACGUACUGUCUGUGCAAUCAGGUCUCCUAUGGAGAAAUGAUCGGCUGCGACAAUGACGAGUGCCCCAUCGAGUGGUUCCACUUCUCCUGCGUGGGGCUGAAUCAUAAACCAAAGGGCAAGUGGUACUGUCCCAAGUGUCGAGGGGAGAAUGAGAAAACCAUGGACAAGGCCCUGGAGAAAUCCAAAAAGGAGCGGGCUUACAACAGGUAGUUGGCGGAGCUGGGCCCGCAGGGAGGAGAGCACCACGAGCCCGUGUGUUCCACCACCGCCCGCGCUGACGUGCCAGACGGUCCCAUGUGUAUUUUUAAAGGAUGUUGGGAAAGGAGCUGUUCCUUUUGUCGGGAUGGCCGGGAUUCUCUGCCUUUUGUUUUCAUUGCUACACACGUGUAACCAGAGAGUGGUCUGUGGAUCAACAUUUUAGAAACUCCAAAUAUAGGUUUGAAUUAAACACUC